AUGUUCCGUUUUUUGAAAAACUGCCUCAUCUCCUCAACCAAAUUCCGCCGCUACAGCUCCUCGGUAGGUAGCGAAUGUGGCCAAACCAUGAAGUACCUAAACGUGGCCGAGAAGAACGAUGCCGCGAAAACCAUCUCCGGCUUGCUGUCACGAGGAACGUCCAACAGGCGUGAGGGCUUUUCGCCGUACAACAAGAUCUACGAGUUUGACUACAAUCUGCACGGACAAUCGAUCAAAAUGGUGAUGACCUCGGUAUCGGGACAUCUGCUGAAUCACGAAUUCCUGCCGAGCUUCCGCGGUUGGCAAAGCUGCAGUCCGGAGGAUCUGUUCGAUGCACCGGUUCGCAAGAGUUGCCCGGAAUCGUACGACAAAAUCAAGAAAACACUCGAACGUGAAGUGCGUGGCUGUGCGGCCCUCAUCAUCUGGACCGAUUGCGAUCGAGAGGGAGAAAACAUCGGGUUCGAGAUCAUCGAGGUGUGUAAAGCGAUCAAACCACAGCUGAAAGUGUUCCGCGCCAAGUUCUCCGAAAUCACGGGCCCCUCCAUUAAGCGGGCGAUCGAGAACCUGAUCCAGCCGGACGCACGGCAAAACGCGGCCGUGAAUGUGCGCAGCGAACUGGAUCUGCGAAUUGGGGCCGCGUUCACACGCUACCAGACGCUCCGGUUGCAGAAAGUGUUCCCGCAGGAUAUCUCCGACAAUCUCGUAUCGUACGGAAGUUGUCAGAUCCCGACGCUGGGUUUCGUGGCCCAGCGGUACAAGGAAAUCGAAAACUUUAUUCCACAGACCUUUUGGAAGCUCAAAUUAACGCACACGAUCGAUGAGCUUACGGUGGAGUUCAACUGGGCACGCAAUCGUCUGUUCGACAGGCAGUGCUGCGAGGCAUAUUUGAUGCUGUGCCAAGCGAACCCGCUGGCCAAGGUGGUGAACGUUACGGAGAAACCGAAAAACAAGUGGCGCCCAACGCCCAUGGAUACGGUCGAGCUGGAGAAGCUGGGUUCGCGGAAGCUGAAAAUGAAUGCCAAGCACGUAAUGACCAUCGCCGAGAAGCUCUAUACGCAGGGUAUCAUUAGCUAUCCGCGUACGGAAACGAACAUGUUCACCAGCGAUAUGAAGCUGGCUCCGUUAGUGCAGGCACAGGUGGCCAACCAACAGUGGGGUUCGUUCGCUGAGAAGGUUCUGGAGUGGGGCGUUAAUCCACGGAAUGGUAAAAAGUCCGAUCAAGCCCAUCCUCCGAUCCACCCAACGAAACUGCCGACGAACCUUUCCGGGGACGAGUGGCGUGUAUAUGAGCUGAUUGCUCGCCACUUUCUGGCAUGCGUCAGUCGCGACGCUACGGGAUCGGAAACGAUCGUAAACGUAGUCGUCGCAGACGAAGAAGAGUUUACGGCAUCUGGACUGUGCAUUUACGAGCGCAACUAUCUCGAGGUGUACCCGUACGAUCGAUGGAACGCGAAGGAAAUACACGCGUACCGUGUCGGGUAUACGUUUGAGCCGACCGAACUUGGAUUGCACGAGGGUUCCACAACGGCACCGAACAUGUUGACCGAGGCGGACUUGAUCGCGCUGAUGGAAAAGCACGGCAUUGGGACGGAUGCGACGCACGCGGAACAUAUCAACACAAUCAAGGAGCGUGGCUACAUCGGUGAGCGGGAUCGUGGCUUUCUCGUACCUGGCACACUCGGUAUGGGACUGGUGGAGGGGUACGAGAUGAUGGAACUCCGGCUGGCCCAUCCCGAGCUACGCGCUGGUCUCGAGGCCGAUCUAAAGCUUAUCUGCGAGGGCCGAAAGGAUCCGGCAGCCGUGCUGGCCGAGCAGAUCAGUAAGUACAAGGAGGUGUAUCGGAUUAUGUCCCGCAAAGCGCAGGCCCUUGAUCGAGCACUUGGUCAGCGCUUAAAUCAAACACCACGCGAUCCACCACCGGAUGGUGGUGGUGCGGCGAUAGCGAUCGGUGGUGCAUCACUGAAGGAAGUCUGCAAGUGUCCCAAGUGUGGCGAAAAAAUGUGCCUUCGACAAAAGCGGGAUGCCAGUGGGUAUCACCUGGGAUGUGUCGCAUUUCCAAACUGCAAGAACAGUGUCUGGUUCGACGAUUCGAUCCGUGAGGCAACCGUAACCGAUGACGUGUGCGCUCGGUGUGGCAGCAAGAAGAUGACGGUCAAGUUUCGGAACAUGCACUACUACGGUUUGCUGCAGUCCACGAGCAUGACGGAGUAUAGCACCUGCAUCGUGUGCGAUAGUAAGUUCCGUGGAUUGCUUAACAUAAAUGAAGCAUCCGUACGACAGGUUGCACCACCGCGUGCGACCACAGCGACGUCUGGUUGGGAGGCUGGAAAUCAAGCAAACCGUGCCCCUGCAUCGGCCAACAGUAGUACCACCAGUGGUGUUCGCAGUGCAUCCGGAAACGGCAAUACCUGGGGCACUUCAAGCAGCCAACCAGGGAACCAACGACCACCGCCCUCCAACAACGGCAGCAGUAGUGGAUUUGGACGGUCCAACAGUACCACCGGUACGAGCACAUGGGGUCAACCGAGCGGCUCACAAUCAUCGUGGGGUAGCAACCAAACUUCCUCGUCCACCUGGGGUACUGGACAAGGAAGGGGAGCGGGAGGAGGAGGAACUUCAAGCUGGGGAAAACCGGCCGACAAUCGGAACAGCUCUUGGGGCAAACCGAACGAUUCGGCCAGAGGCAGUGCCCCGGCCAGCGAGGUGGACGUGCAGUGCCGUUGUGGUACUCCAGCCGUUCGGUUUACGGUGAAGAAGGAUGGUCCCAACCAUGGGCGACCCUUCUAUACCUGUCCAAAUCAGGCAGCCAAGUGCGGCUUUUUUAAGUGGGCCGAUGAGGAUGCGACGUCGGCUUUAUCAAAUGGCACCGCCGGCUCAGCGACUGGAGGAUGGAAUGGAAGCUCAACGAACCAACAGCAGUCGAGUGGUAGAGAUUGGGGUCGAAGUAGCAGCAGCAGCAACCAGGGAGGGAACUCUGGUAACGAUCGACCGGCAAGAACGACGCGCAAAUGUGGCAUCUGUCGUCAAGAGGGUCAUACGAAAAACAAAUGUCCUCAACGGCCUGAAGCUUGAAGCUUCGGCCUGAAGAUGAGGUGUGAUGUGCUUUUUGCACAUUUUGCUGUAUAUAGAAUAUACGAAGAUAUGUUUCCGGUAAAA